AUGCGAAGAGCCCAGCUGAAAAAGAAGCCGAGAAAGAGGGGAAAGGAGAGGCCGAAAGCGCAGGAGGCUAGCUCGAUCGAAGAGUUAGAGGCGAGUGCUGAGAUUGGCUUGGCUUCUGCUUGUGUUCCAGAUGCAAAGGAGACACCGAAGCAGGAGGAAUGUCACAGGAAUGGUGAAUGUGCUGCUUUGGACCAAUCCUCUCUGAAGCUGGAGAAGACUUUGAAGGACACUGUCAAUCAGCUGAAGCCCAUCAGAAAGGUCAGGAGCAAGAAGGUUCAGUUCAGUAAUCCAGAACUCGCUGCUGCCCAAGAGCAGAAGUUGGCAGCUGAUUGUUUGCUGCUGGAAACAUCUAGGUCAAGUGAGAAAUCCAUCUCCAAGCAGCGUUUCAGCAUGUCCGCUAACAAGGAACUUGUUCCAAAGUUGUCAUCUACUUCAAAGCAUGAGAAGAGAAAAACAAAAGAUGCCUCUUCCUUAGUUCCCGUCAUCAAGGAAAAUAAAGAACUUCCUGAGUUAAGAAAGAAGCCAAACACGACAGACAGUUGGAAGCACCCGCCUGCUUCCUUACGGAAUGAUUUCAUCCCAGAAGAGAUCUUUGUUGCUCUCACCUCUGCUGCCAACCCUGUCCCAUGUCCGUCCUAUCUCAGGCCUCCCGCAAAAGCCAAAUAUAUGAAAGACUUCCAGGGCUGCAUUCGUACUGCUGAUGGGGUCUGGCAGCAUCCUAUUCGCCGAAACAGGUUUCGCUACCUGAUACAGCAUCCCAUCUGCCUGACGGGAGCGGGAAGGGAUGUCUCUUUUCUGUACGAUGUCAUUGCUGAAAAAGAGAGGAAGGAUUCUUCCCCAACUCCCGUGCCGGAUAAGACUGUAGCCAAGAGAAGUUCCAAGCAGGAAGCUGAUCAGAGAAAUAUAGCAGACAGUCUUGUCCCAGAGGAUUUUCACAUAGUAAAGAACAGAGGUGUCAUAGGCUUGGAAUAUUAUGAUGAUAAUUAUACAACUCUACUCGAAGACCAUGAAAACAGACUACGGGUCUUCCCAUCCAUGAAGCCAUCUGGGAGGCUGGAAGUUAUCCAGCUGAUGAAGGUCAUGGACACGAUGCUGGAACAGGCUGGAGUAGACAGUGAGGAAGCUGGGCUAACGGGAGUUUCUCAGAUGCACAAUGCCCUAGAAGUGCUGAAGGUGGAGCAGAAUAUCUACAACAUAGUAUUUCAUGAGAUCAUCCGACAAGUCAGCGUGGACUGUGUGGAACGAGGAGAACUCCUCUCCAAGCUCAGACAAAGAUAUGUUGAGCUGCUGGACCGGAUUCCCAGGCAGAUGAGGAAUGUCUACAAAGAAAUGGUGGCCCAGAGGAUAUUGGACAAGCACCUCACUGAGGAAUUAAUCAGAUUCAAGGAAGCUGUAGGAAAGCUGACAAGGGAACUGCAGGUGGUCCGAGAUCAUGACCACAAAGCAACCAUCGACGCAGAAAUGGCCCAUAAAAACCUCACCAAGGCAAUGUGGGAGGCUGAGUUGAAUGCAAACCUUUUGGAUGAGUACCGUGAGCUGUAUGAAUUGCAGAGAGCAAGACUUGAGGCCCAGAUUCACCAGUUAACUGAAGAGAAGGAACUCUGGAGUGGCGUGGCGUAUGACCUUGCCCUCAAGGUGAUCGAAAAGAACAAGGUGAUCUUGGCUCGCAGGCUGUAUGCCAGUGAAAAGGCUUGGACCAAUGUCAUGAGACACUUCACUGUCCUUUUGGCAUCAGAGGAUGCCAAGGAUCUUUCUAGUAUGCAGCAGCUGACACAGGAGUACCGAGAACUCUUGUGCCGAAUUGGCACAGAGGUGAAGCAAGCUGAAGAAUCUAGCAGGGAGCAAUUAAAUAUAAUUCAGAAUGGCUUGAAUGGAUGGCUCAGUUUCUUCCGGGAUCGUGUCCUCGGAAAAAAAGUUUACACUUCUGCAAAAGGAGCUGCCAUGUUGGAUGAAAUCAUGGUGGACCUCAAAGACUGGGAGAUGAUCCUGAACAAGCAGUUGGAUCUGUAUGGGGGGGACGUGCACCUGGCCAGGAAAGAGCCCCUGGUGACAGCAGAAAAGCUUCAGAGACAGUGGAUGGAGCUGGGAAAUGCUGUGCUCAGCCGCCACAAGACUCUCAAGGGCAAGAUGCCCCCCGAGUGGAAGCUGCUGGAGAAUGUCAACAAAAACUGCAAACAACUCUGUCAGCAGUACGCGAUCCGGAUUGGUGGGGAAAACGGGGUCACGAGGAUUUUAACAAGUUUGAUGACUAGUUUAGAAGACUGGACUUUCAGAUUGUUAGCCAGCAAGCAAAAGUCUGGGAUGCUUGAAAGUGACUGGGUGAAGUUUUUCCAAACUGUUAAUGACUGGCUAAUUCAGUUGGCUGAUCUGUUGAAGUUCACUGGUUCCUGUGAAACUCCAGAGGACCGAAGGCUUAGAAUAAAUAUUAUCCCGGUAGAACCAGAGGAAGUAUUCAAGAAGAUUCAGCAGUGGCUCCUGACCACCACUAGUGGUUCUGAGAAAGGAAACAUCCAACUUACUCAGGAAAUGACCGAGUUCCACAAAAUGCUGAGUAAAUGGAUGGUGAACCUGCUGCUUCUCAUGGUGCCAGACCACACCUCCCCCACGAGUCUUCCUUUGACCAAAGCAGAAGUGAUGAGGCGGGCGCAGCGCAAGCUGAUGGAUGUUUUCAAGCUCGAAGGAGAAGCCAUCAGCCUGGCUGCCAAGCUGAGCAAGUUCUCCAGUUAUGUCUUUAGCUGCUGCAAGGAGAUGGUUACAUCAAUAACAUGUAGGAAAAUGGCUAACUCUGAUCCAGAUCCAGAAUAUGAAUUUAGACAGCUGGAGAAGAUCAAGACAGAAUGCCUGGACUGGAUCCAAACCUGCAGUAUUCUCCUCUCUGGAAUGAAGACCACACCUUCCACUUUAAUCAGCACAGAGGAGCUGGUGGGGCUGUUUGGGGCAGAGGCACUACAGCCCAAACCCCAACUUCCACCUCCCCCAGAGCAGAUCACGGACAGUUCUCCUGAGGAAGCAGAGGAAGCAGAGCAUGAGGAAGAUGAAGUUCAAGAGUCUGGCAGUAAGGAAGCUGUGUCUGAGAAGGAAGCACUGGAGACAGAGCAACCACCAUCUAUGCCCGGUACAAGCACUGAUCAGGAAGCGGUGAGUGGUGAGGACUUACCAUUGAUCAGAUACCUUGGAUCUGAUUCUAAUGUGCACGCAAAGACGAUGGAGACUGAACAAGUCACAGUCUCAGGGAGGGAACUGUAUGCCAGCCAGUGGACCACUAAAUACUCAAAGAAGGAAUUUCAGAUGCUCGCUUCACUGGAAAUUCUGGAAGAGCAGCUCAUGGAGGCUGAAAAGCGAGCCCAGGAGGCUGAGGAAAAAUCAGAAAGCCUUCAUGAGCAACUGGAAGAAGCUCUGGCAAAACUCAAUGACUUGGAGGGUGAGGAACCAAAAGAGGAGACUACCCCAGAAAUAUCAUCAGAGCCUAAAUCAGUGACCCGAUUUAAGGAAAAGCCUGACGCACAUCUUGCUGCAUCUAAAUCUUCCACUAAGGCUAAGAAGUCCACCAAACCCAAACACUGA